AGUUAUGGACCCAUCCAGUGAGGUCUCUAUCAAAUAUGGUGUCACCGAUAUUACAAAGUAUGGAAAGACGGCAGAAGUGAGCGAGAUUCACGUCCACGAUCAGUACAGUGCUGGUAUCUACCCUCGCAACGACAUCGCUACCAUCAUUCUGAGCUCCCCCAUUUUAUAUUCUGAAACAGCCAGUCCCAUAGAUUUGGCAGAAACAGACAGCGGAAAUUACGCCGGAGAAGACGCCAUGGUUUCUGGCUGGGGUUGCGUCCUAGAAGGUGGAUCAGUAUCCAAAAUCCUCCAGGCUGUGCAAGUACCCGUGAUCACUAACGAAGUGUGCACGGACCGGUAUGGAUCAUCUGCUAUUACCGACGACAUGCUGUGUGCGGGAUACCUCCCAGUCGGUGAUAAAGGUCCCUGCAAGGGUGACUCCGGCGGACCAAUGGUUUCCAAGAAAGGAGAGCAAAUUGGUGUGGUUUCUUGUGGCAGGGAGUGUGCGCGUCCAGGCGUUUACACUCGAGUCUCUACCUUAAAUGAAUGGAUCUCGCAGCAUAGCAUUAGCGUCAAAAUGAAUUCAUGCAGAAUUCUCACGUAUAUUCAGGCUGCGAUUGUUGUCCUGCUUACAUGUAAUAAUUAUUAUGUGUAAUGAUUAAUAAUGACGUUCGUGAUUCCGCAAUCGAACAAUUCAAAAUGACGAAAAAAAUAACGAAAUUAUUAACAGCUUGCAGU